UCUCCUGGUGCAAAAACUUUCCUCCGACAUAUAAAAUGAAACGUUCCCCGCAUAUACCCCAGUUACUGUCUCGCAAUGGCUUCCCCAGUCGCACCCCAGAACAAGCGAUUCCCUUUAUUCGGAUACCCCAUUGCCCAUUCGUCUGCCCCUGGCCUGCAUAAUACCUGCUUCGACGCCUUGAAGUCGGGUAACAGAUACGAACUGUGGCCGACGUCGAAAAUAACAGAGGAUGUACUGGAGUUUAUCAAGAGCGAUGAGUUUGGCGGAUGCGCAGUAACGAUGCCCAACAAGGCGGCUAUCAUACCCCACCUAGACGAAGUAUCACCCGAGACCCAGGUUACGGACGCGUGCAACACGAUAGUGAAGGUUCGAACUGAGAAUGGGUUCAAAUUCGUCGGGCAGAAUACCGACAUCCUUGGUGUACGAAACGCACUGCUCAACGCUCUUCGUGAUCAGUAUCCCGGAAAAAACUUAUCUUCGCAGUCGUCCUUCUGUCCGUCCGUCAAAGGUGCCGGUCUUGUGAUAGGAGGAGGAGCGACGACGCGAUCCGCUGCACAUGCCCUUACUUUGCUGGGACUCAGCCCGAUUUUCCUGAUUAACCGGGACCCAGAGGAAGUACGCGUUGUUAUGGAAGCGAUGCCCCAUCUUUCGGAGAAGGGAGGGUUGAUUCAUCUCAAGAAUCCGGAUGAUGUGGAGAAGUACCUUGUCGGCCCGAAUGCUUGCACCCUCUUGAUGGCUGUUGGUGCUAUCCCUGCCAUCGCACCUGUCACCUACGCAGAACGUAUGGUAUAUACAACUGUCAUGUCCGCGUCAACUAUCCCCUACAAACAACCAACCACGGAGUCCGGUCUCCCUUUACCUAUAAAGCGCAUCUUCUUAGAAAUGCCCUACAAGCCGCGCAGGACACCCAUGCUUCAAAUUGCAGAAGCUACCGGCUGGCAUGUCAUCAACGGUAUUCAGGCGAUGAUUGAGCAAGGACUUGCCCAGCAGCGUAUGUGGUACAGCGGCAUUGCCACAGUAGAAGCAGGCAGUGAUACGACGAUACUGAGCAAGGAGAUUGAAGACUCUGCCAGGCGAUUUGCAGAAGAAAUGAAGGAAAUCACCGUUCACGACAAGGAGGUAGAUAGGGCCGCAGGAAAAGAAGCUAUCAUCGUGCCGAAGAAAUAGACUACUAAUUACGUAUCGAAUGCCAGUUGUAUCUACCGACGCAAAUUUAAAUGUAGCUCAAAC